AUGAAGGUCAUAUUCUUUUUAUGCUCAUUUCUUUUUUUUAUUAUAAAUACAAGAUGUGUAACACAUCAAAGUUAUCAAGAACUUGUUAAAAAACUAGAAGCUUUAGAAGAUGCAGUAUUAACAGGUUAUAAUAUAUUUCAAAAGGAAAAAAUGGUCUUAAACAAUAACAGUGUAAGUACUUCAAGCAGUUCAAAUGAUUCAAAACCUAAAACUUACAAUGAUUUAAAAGUUAGAGUAAAAAAUUACUUGUUAACUAUUUAUGAACUCAAAUAUCCUCAACUYUWWGAAUUAGCAAAUCAUAUUAUGACUUUAUCUGAUAGCGAAAGUGGUUUGAAAUAUUUAAUUGAUGGAUAUGAAGAAAUUAAUGAAUUAUUAUAUAAAUUAAACUUUUAUUAUGAUUUAUUAAGAGCCAAAUUAAAUGAUGAAUGUGCCAAUAAUAUUUGUCAAGUACCUUUCAAUCUUAAAAUUCGUCCAAAAGAAUUAGAUAUGCUUAGAAAAGUUGUCUUUGGAUAUAGAAAACCAUUAGACAAUAUUAAAGAUGAUAUAACAAAAAUGGAAGAUUACAUUAAAAAAAAUGAUACAACCAUAAAAAGUAUAGAGGAAUUAAUUAAAGAAACUAAGAAAACAAUUGAACAAAAUAAAAAAACAAAUGCCAGUGAAGAUGAAAAAAAGAAAUUAUAUCAAGCUCAAUAUGAUCUUUUUAUUUACAAUAAACAAUUGGAAGAAGCACAUAAUUUAAUAAGUGUUUUAGCAAAACGUAUUGACACUUUAAAAAAAAAUGAAAAGAUAAGUGAAUUACUUAAAAAGAUAGAAGAUAUUAAAAAACCCAAACCACCAACUUCUGCAGAUGCAACACAUACUCUUACUGAUGAUGAUAAUAAGAAUAUAGCUAAACAUGAGGCAGAUAUUAAAGAUAUCGCAAAGACUAUUAAAUUCGAUAUUGAUAGUUUAUUUACUGAUCCACUUGAAUUAGAAUACUAUUUAAGAGAAAAAAGUAAAAAUAUUGACAUAGGUGCAAAGGUUGAAACGAAUGUAGUAAGUGAAAAGAAUGAAUAUCCAAACGGAGUUACUUAUCCUUUGUCAUAUAAUGAUAUAAACAAUGAAUUAAAUGAAAUUAAUUCUUUUGGUGAUUUAAUUAAUCCAUUUGAUUAUUCACAAGAACCAAGUAAAAAAAUUUUCACCGAUAAAAAAGAAAGAGAAAGUUUCAUAAAUAAAAUUAAAGAACAAAUAGAAUUAGAAGAAAAUAAAAUUGAAACAAAUAAGGAUUCUUACAAAAAAGAAUCUGAUUCUUUUAAUAAAAUAAAAAACGAGUAUGAAACAUUACUUAAUAAUUUUUAUGAUACUAAAUUUAGUAAUAAUGUAGAUAGCAAGAAAUUUGAAGAAAUGAUGAGUAAGAGAUAUUCUUAUAAUGUUGAGAAACAUUCUUUCAAUAAUCGUUUUACUUCUUAUGAAACUUCUCAAUAUAACAUUGAAAAAUUAAAGAAAUCUCUUAAAUAUAUGGAAGAUUAUUCUUUAAGAAAUGAAAUAGCUGAAAAAGAAUUAAAUUAUUAUAAGGAUUUAAAAAACAAAUUAAAAGCUGAAGUUACAAAAUUAGCUGAUUAUAUUAAAAAAGAUGAAGAUGAAAUUCUUGAAAAAACUUUAGAAGUAUCUGACGUUGUAAGAUUACAAGUACAAAAAAUUUUAUUAAUGAAAAAAAUUGAAGAAUUAAAAAACGCUGAAAUGCUUUUAAAAAAUAUAGGAUUAAAACAUAAUAUACACGUUCCAACUGUAUACAAGCCAGAAAAAAUGCAAGAACCAUAUUAUUUAAUAGCAUUAAAAAAAGAAGUCGAUAAAUUAAAAGAUUUCAUACCUAAGGUUAAAUCAUUAAUAGAAAAUGAAGAAAAGGUUACACCUCCUGCUCAGGUAGUUGGAUCAUCAGAAACAUCCGUAGAAACAACAUCAACAGGGGCUUCAACAGUAACUACAGAAUCUCAAAGAACAGUAGAAGUACCAGAACAAUCAACAUUACAAACAGAAACCUCAACACCAACAACAACACCAAUAUCAUCAUCAUCGUCAUCAUCAUCAUCGUCGUCAACAUCACCAGCAACAACACCAACACCAACAGCAACAACACCAACAGCAACAACAGCAACAACACCAACACCAACAACACCAACAACACCAACACCAACAACACCAACAACACCAACAACACCAGAAAAACCUGAAACAGUAUCAAGUGAAAAUACUUCGGUAGAAAAAACUAAUAAACCAGAACACGAUAAUACUGAAAAGGUUUCAAAAUUAGAAUAUCUUGAAAAAUUAUAUGAAUUUUUAAAUACUUCAUAUAUAUGUCACAAAUACAUUUUGGUAUCAAACUCAACUAUGAACAAAAGUUUAUUAGAAAAAUAUAAAAUUGAAAAUAAUGAGGAAGCCAAAUUAAAAUCAUGUGAUCCAUUAGAUUUAUUAUUUAAUAUUCAAAAUAAUAUACCUGUAAUGUAUUCUAUGUUUGAUAGCGUAAGCAAUAAUAUACAACAACUAUUUAUGGAAAUAUAUGAAAAAGAAAUGAUUUAUAAUUUACAUAAACUUAAGAGCAAUGAAAAAGUUAAAGCAUUAUUAAAUAUGGAAUCUUCAGAUGAAUCAGAAAAGGGAAAAACAGCUUCAAGUGAAUCAAAUCCAUCACAAGAACCAAGUGAAACCAAUUCAACCGUUGUACAGGCAAGUGAUGAUACUGCAUCAUCAUCAACUUUGAAUAAUAAUGUAGAAGGACUUGCAAGUUUAUUGAAUCUUGGAGAAACCAAAAACUUUUACCAAUCAAUAAUAGAAGGCCAAAAAAAUUCUGAAAAUUUUUAUGAAAAAUUCUUAAAAGAUAUCGAUGCAAAUUAUAAUGUAUCUUUUAAAGAUUUUGUAAAAUCUAAAGCUAGUAAUAUCAAUUCAUUGAAUGAUGAAGAAGUAAAAAAAUUAGAAGAAGAAAUUAAGAAAUUAAAAGAAACUUUACAGUUAUCAUUUGAUUUAUAUAAUAMAUAUAAAUUAAAAUUAGAAAGAUUAUUUGAUAAAAARAAAACAGUUGGUCAAUAUAAAAUGCAAAUUAAAAAACUUACCUUAUUAAAAGAAAGAUUAGAAUCAAAAUUGAAUUCACUUAAUAAUCCAAAUCAUGUAUUACAAAACUUUUCUGUUUUCUUUAACAAAAAAAGAGAAGCUGAAAAAACAGAAACUGCAAACACAUUAGAAAAUACAAAAAUGUUAUUGAAACAUUAUAAAGGACUUGUUAAAUAUUAUAGUGGUGAAUCAUCUCCAUUAAAAACUUUAAGUGAAGAAUCAAUUCAAACAGAAGA